GUGUCAGUACUCAGUCGCGUUCCUGCACACACCACGGCGGACAACGGGUACUUUUGUACUAUAUUAACGUUAUAUUAAUAUUGUCGUUCCGUCGUGCUACCGGCGACCGAUAGGGACUUUUAUCGAUCGUUUAACGUUAUACCUACACCGUCGCAACAUCAGCGAACGGGUUAGCGCCGCGAGCAGUACGAAUUAUUUAUUAUUAUUUAAUUCUCGCCCGGCCGAGUUCGCGCGUCCGUUUUUCGCCCGCCGUUUCCGAACCCGCGACUUGUUCGCGUCUGCACCGGAUCUAUUACUUGCAACACCGACACCGCCGUAGUCGCGGGUAGUGCGCGUACUUGCCAGCCGUUGGUGGUCCGUCAGAUGUGCGCCGCUGCAGAGUGACGACGACGACGAAAAUGGCGCAAGAACGCAACAACAGCGGUCAGAACGUUGAGAUGCAAGACAAACCCGACGGUUGUCUGUCGGCGGCCGACGAGGAACGCGAACCCUGUCUGAAGCCGUCCGACUCGACGCCGAUUACCGAGAAGAACAACGGCACGGUGGCCGCGCCGCCGCCGUCCGCGGACAACAACAACGGCACCAGCAACGGAAAGUUUCACGCGUUCGCGGCCGCCACCAGUCUGGAGCAGAAGCUCCGGGACAAGACCGGCUUCUCCAGAACGGGACUGGCCGUGGCCGUGGCCGCAGUGCUCACGUGCGUCGUCCUGCUCGUCACGCUGGUCGUGCUGAUCUUCAUGUGGCCGUCACCUCCACGCCACUUCCCCAUCUGCCGGAGGGCUGCCUGUCUCCGAGCUUCGGCCGAGGUUCUGCCCAAAAUUAACUUUACUCAACAGCCGUGUGAAAAUUUUAGAGAAUACUCUUGUGGAGGAUGGCUACAAACCAACGACUUGCCGGCGUACAUGAGUUCGUGGAGUUUAAAAAAACGUAUUCAACAAGAUCAAAAAAUAAAGAUCAGGAACAUGGUCGUUACGCUGAGAAACGUUGCCAGUUCCACGUCGUUGAACUGGAAGAUGAAGCAUUUCUACGAAUCGUGCAUGAACCUAGACAAUAUUGAAACAGAUGAAGGAAAACCUUUAAAGAAGAUUAUUAGUACAAUCCUAGGUGGUUGGCAUGUAUUGAAAGAUUUUGACGUUCAUGCGUGGGACGUGACUAAAACCAUUGUACAAUUGCACUCCAAAUACAGCGUGAGUCCGUUUUUCAAGAUAGACGUUGUUCCUGACGAUAAGGUUUCAGGCCAGAACAUAAUUCAGAUAUCUCCAGCAGGGCUAGGCUUACCCGACCGAAGGUACUAUUAUAGGCAGCAAGAAAACAAAAUUGUGACCGCAUACAAACAGUAUAUGGUGGACGUAUCACAAUUGCUGGGCGCUACCAGUGGUGACGCAUCGAUAUUUAGUAACGACAUGUUCCACUACGAGAAACGCAUCGCGGAAAUAACGCCAGCUAGCAAACAAGAGGAUCCAUUUAAUUCUCACCGACGGUUCAAGCUGUCGAAACUGAAAGAAAUCGCUGGAAUGAUCCCGCUUUUGGACAUAUUGCAAUCAAAGUUUCCAGAUAGUAAUAUUAGCGACGACACGUUUAUCUCAGUAGUGUCGCCGACUUAUUUCAGUAACUUAUCUAAUCUGAUUUCGUCGUCAGAUCGCAGUGGACUAAACGACUAUUUCAUGUGGAAAAUGGCUGAGGCUUAUGUUCCUUAUUUGUCGGUCAAGUUUAGGGAAAUUGUCAAAAUUUACACCGCUGAGCUGACGGGUGAGAAAGAUUUACCGCCUAGAUGGGAGAUUUGCGUUUCUCUGUUGCAAAAGUUCAUGGGAUACGGUAUAACCGCUACGCUAGAACCGAACAUCGAAAAUAAAUCCGGUGUUGUAGCCGUAGUGAAAGACGUUUUCGAAAACAUUAAAGAGUCGAUCACAUCAAAUGUCAUCAAAAACAACGACUUAGAACCCGAACUGCGUGAGCACGUUAUUAACAAAUUGAAUUCAUUAACAGUACAAAUCGGAUUACCAGAGAAUAUGCUCCAAGAGAAUUAUGUAAAUCAGUUCUACAGCCAGUUGCCCAUUCAAAAGCUCGACUUUUUUCAAAAUGUAAAUUACGCCAUAUCAUUCGUUAAAGACUAUUCGCAGAUCAAACUCAAAUCCAAGAAAGAAGAAUAUGGGUGGUUGGAUGACUUGGUGUCUGAAGAUCCAAAAGUGACGUACAACGUAGCCAGCAACAAAGUUAUCAUACCACUGUCGUUGUUGUCUCCACCUUAUUUCGAGACCGGUUAUCCCGAAGCUUUAUUGUAUGGAGGUUUGGGUGUAGAAAUCAGUUCAGCCAUUCUGUCCAGCGUGUAUCCACCAGGAGUGGCUCACGGUUCGGACGGUGUCUUGUUACAAGCUCACUCCGCGGCCGUCAACCGAAGUAUCGUCGCCACCAAUGAGGCUCGCGAAUGCUUUGGCCAAUUCUUAAAGGACCAGCAGAUGGAGUUCGCGAACAACACAGUACUGACAGCUAUGUUAUCAGUAUCGAGUGUUCGGUUUGCCCUCCAGAGCUUGUCAAAAAUAACAAAAACUGAACCACAUUACCAUCAACCGGCUAUGGAAUCAUAUGAAUAUGACGCGCUGUUCUUCAUAGGAUACGCACAAUCUCUGUGCACAAUAAAAUCUCCACAACAACAAGAUUUGGACACCAUGUAUAACUUGAUGUCUGAUGAAUCUCUUUUAUUAAAAACGAUCUCUGAACAUUCAGAAUCGUUUAAAAACGCGUUCAACUGCAUGGGGAGACCAACGAAAACAUGCAAAUACAUCUACUGAUCGAUGGUAUUGUAAAACUGUAAUAUAUCAUUAUUAUAUCAGAGUGCAUCCGGUUUCUCAGAAUUAUGCACCGACGAGUAUUCGAAAUUUUUUUUAGUGACUUCUCGUUCAUUAUUAUUAUUAUUAUUAUUACUACAAUAAUUAUCGAUAUCAUUUAUUAUUAUUAUUAACUAUUAUUAUUAUUACUAUAAUUUUUGUUGUUUACGAUAAAAUUUGCGCAAAUUGACCAUGACAUAAUUUUCGGAUGGAGAGUUUAUCGCCAAUACGUAUUAUACAUAUUAGUAUUUUUAUGUACCUAUUCUAAAAACAUAUUUGCGCACACAUGAAUCGGAACAGUUUAAUGUAUCAACGUUCAACGUUGAUGACUUUUCGACAUGCAUCAUGUAUGUGUGCUGUGAAGACUGGAUAUGUGUGUGUUUUUGUUUUAUAUUUUUUUUUAUAACUGUUCAAUUAUCUAUUUUUAUGGCGGUACUUAGAUGUCAAGAAAUUGUCAUUAUUGUAGUUAGUUUUACAAAUUCACACACAGGGUAUUAAAACAAAAUAAAGUCGGUAGAAGAUUUUGCAUUUUUUCUCUCUAUACGUCGAACUCAUUGUACAUAAAUUAUACACAUACGUUAAAUUUAAGUCUUAUUUUGUUGUUGAUAUUAAUAUACAUUUAAAAUGUAAAUAUGAAAUAUUUUUUUUUGUACUUUAAAUUUUUUUUUUUACAUUGAUUGUGUAAGACUUAUGACAAAAUUAUGAAAUAUAUUUAAAAAUAAAUAAAAACACUAUAGGCUUAAGGAUUUUCCAUUAAAUUAAGAUAUUUUAUAUAUUAUUGUUUUAUAUAAUUAUUAUUAUUAUGCAGCUUUUAAUUUCUCAUUGGCUAACACUCGCAUUUGUGCAUCAAUUGAACAUUGUUGGUUUACCAUCGAAUUUCGUUGUAUUUAUAUUAUACUAUGUUAAUUGUUUUUUUAAAUGGACAAGUCAUACUAAACAAUAAACAUUACAACAGUGGGUUGACCUUUUCGAAAA